AAAAAGAGAAAAAAUCAAGGGAAAAAUUGCAUUCCGGUUUUGUCUACGUGUUUUUCGCUCCUUGCAUUCUCAGGAACGGGAAAAUUAAAUCGCAUUUUCGGCCAGAAAACGGAACGUCCGGGCGGUUCAAACGUUCCGAACGCGAUUCUCGUGACUCAAACCUGCGGAAGAAGUCAUGUGCUAGUGGCGGCAUUCGGUCAUAAUCCGGCUGUUUUGGAUUUUAUUUUAGGUAAAGCGGUAAGAGGUGUUCCUCCCCCCGAAACAUCGAACAACAAAACAUGAAAUCCCCACUGGUCAUCGUUUCCCUGGGGCUGCUGCCGCUUCUGGCCAGUCUGGUGUCGCUGGUGCAAGGCGAUGAGCACACUCACAUGUAUGAGGAUCACGAAGAGGUUGUCCUAUGGAUGAAUACUGUGGGACCGUAUCACAACCGGCAGGAGACCUACGCUUACUUCUCGUUGCCGUUCUGCGUGGGAACCAAACAAACCAUUAGCCAUUACCAUGAAACGAUGAGCGAAGCCCUGCAGGGAGUGGAACUGGAGUUCAGCGGGUACGAGAUUGAUUUCAAAGAUGACAUUGCUCCAACCGAAAUCUGUAUGGUGGAACUGACUGAAAAGAAGCACAAAGCGUUUGUAUACGCCGUUAUGAACCAAUACUGGUACCAAAUGUACAUCGACGACUUGCCCAUCUGGGGAGUGGUAGGCAAGGAGGAAGACAAGAAGUACUACAUCUAUACGCAUAAAAAGUUCGACAUCAGCUACAAUGGCAAGCAGAUUGUAGAUGUGACCUUGACGCCGGAGAAGAAGGAACUGCUAAAAGUGGGCGCCCGGAUAAAAUUCACCUACGAGGUCAACUGGAAGCCCAGUAACGUCAAGUUCGAGGACCGUUUCGACAAGUAUCUGGAUCCGAACUUCUUCCAGCAUCGAAUCCACUGGUUCAGCAUUUUCAACAGUUUCAUGAUGGUUAUCUUCCUGGUCGGAUUGGUAUCGAUGAUUCUGAUGCGCACUCUGAGGAAGGAUUAUGCCAGAUACAGCAAGGACGAAGAAGCCGAUGAUAUGGAACGAGAUCUCGGCGAUGAAUAUGGAUGGAAACAAAUCCACGGAGACGUAUUCCGACCGGCAUCGAACGCUAUGCUAUUCUCGGCAAUGAUUGGCGCUGGAUACCAACUGACUUCCGUGGUUCUGUGUGUCAUUAGUUUCGCUAUUCUAGGGGAGCUGUAUACAGAACGUGGAUCAAUGCUAUCGACGACGAUCUUCGUGUACGCUGCAACUUCGCCCAUCAAUGGCUACUUCGGAGGUUCACUGUAUGCUCGCAUGGGCGGAAAGCAAUGGAUCAAACAGAUGCUUCUGUCUGCUUUCAUUGUUCCGGCUCUUGUGUGCGGAACAGCAUUCUUUAUCAACUUCAUUGCCAUCUACUACCACGCAUCGAGGGCGAUUCCGUUUGGAACUAUGGUUGCAGUCACUUGCAUUUGCAUCUUCGUGAUUCUGCCGCUGACGCUGAUAGGGACAAUCGUUGGUCGCAAUCUGGACGGUCAGCCAGACUUCCCGUGUCGGGUGAACGCCGUUCCACGACCGAUUCCGGAAAAGAAAUGGUUCAUGGAACCGCUGGUGAUCAUUCUGUUAGGAGGUGUUCUACCUUUCGGGUCAAUCUUCAUUGAGAUGUACUUCAUCUUUACCUCGUUCUGGGCGUAUAAGAUCUACUACGUUUACGGUUUCAUGCUGCUGGUGUUCCUGAUUCUGAUCAUCGUGACCGUGUGCGUGACAAUUGUAUGCACAUACUUUUUGCUCAACGCUGAAGACUACCGAUGGCAGUGGACCAGCUUCAUGUCCGCGGCCUCGACGUCGAUCUACGUCUACAUCUAUUCGUUCUAUUAUUUCUUCUUCAAAACAAAAAUGUACGGCCUUUUCCAGACGGCGUUCUACUUCGGCUAUAUGGCGCUGUUCUCCGGUGCGCUGGGAAUCAUCUGCGGCACGGUCGGCUACAUCGGAACGAACAUAUUCGUGCGGAAGAUUUAUUCCAAUGUAAAAAUUGACUAAUUUUACUCUUCUAAAACUAGCGCUGCAACUGUGAGCAAAGAAAAUCCCGAUCCUCGAUUGAUUAGUUUAUUUUUUUUUCCGAAUAAUUUGUUUUCUAUUUGCAAGCCUAUACAUUAAUUGAUGAUUAAUUAUAUUAAUUACAUGUAUUAGCAGCACUACUACAGCCAGUAGCAAUUAAUCGUUGGAAACAACCCCCACGAAUGUAACAAAAUGCAAACAGAACAAGCCACAAAAUAUAUAACGGAAAGAAUGACCUUUGUGUAACGUUGACAUAUGAGCAAUGAAAUGGAAAAUUACUGUGUUUUUAAAUCUUAAGUUAUGUGUAAAGAAACCUAUUGCUGUUCGAGCCGAACGAUCCUAGGGUUAUUAAGGUACAUAUUUUUUCGCGUUUUGAAACAAGACUUGUAAACCGACUGUACUGAGACAACAACCGUGCGUUCAUGUAGUACUGAUAAAACAGAAGCCCAGAGAGGGAAGAAAAUGAAUAUGAAACAAUAGGAAACCGCAGCGAAAACCCGAUCCUGGAGGUGUGUAAUAUUAUGAUUGAUUCUAUGUAAGAUGGACAUCAGAGAGAGACGGAAGUACAUAUAAAUAGUUAAAUAAUGGUAUUCUCAUGAAGGCUUCUUCUGUAUGUGCUACAAACGGGCAGUUUUUAUUUGAGUAUGAAAUAGUGAAUCAAUAAACAACCAUUAAAUUAA